AUGGCAGCCGGAAACUACUGCACGGUGACUGAGUUCUUCCUGGAUGGACUCUCAGUGCAGCCACAGCUACAGCUGCCUCUCUUCUUCCUAUUCCUGGGAAUAUAUGCACUCACAGUGGGGGGGAAUCUGGGCAUGGUCGCACUGAUUGGGCUCAGUUCUCAUCUGCACACCCCCAUGUACUAUUUCCUCAGCGGUCUAUCUUUCAUUGAUCUCUGCCAGUCCACUGUUGUGACUCCAAAAAUGCUGGUGAACUUUGUGACUGAGAAGAAUAACAUCUCCUAUUCUGGAUGCAUGGCUCAGCUCUACUUCUUCUCUCUUUUUGCUAUUGCAGAGUGUUACAUGUUGGCUGCAAUGGCCUAUGAUCGCUAUGUUGCCAUCUGUAAUCCCUUGCUUUACAAUGUCAUUAUGUCCUAUCAGAUUUGCAUUUCCCUGAUUUCAGGUGUAUAUAUUAUUGGUCUGGUUGGUGCAUCAGCCCAUACUGGCUUCAUGAUUAGAGUUCAAUUCUGCAACCUGGAUGUGAUCAAUCACUAUUUCUGUGAUCUCCUUCCCCUGCUUAAGCUUGCCUGCUCUAGCACCUAUAUUAAUGAAUUAUUGAUUCUCUUUUUCAGUACACUGAACAUCUUUGUCCCAAUCCUGACCAUCAUUACUUCCUACAUCUUUAUCAUUGCCAGCAUCCUCCACAUUCACUCAACUGAGGGCAGGUCCAAAGCCUUUAGUACCUGCAGCUCCCACAUUUUGGCUGUUGCUGUCUUCUUUGGAUCUUUAGCCUUCAUGUAUCUUCAGCCAUCAUCUGUCAACUCCAUGGACCAAGGGAAAGUGUCAUCUGUAUUUUAUACCAUUAUUGUACCCAUGCUGAAUCCCCUAAUCUAUAGCCUGAGGAAUAAAGAUGUAACUGUUGCCCUGAAGAAAACUCUAGAAAGAAGAACAUUUAGGAAAGAUGAGUAA